AUGCUCCGUGGCCAGUUGACCACGCUGCUGGGUCUGCUCAGUGGGGCCUGGCUGCCCACAGGCUCAGGAAGGCCCGGGGCCCCAGCCACUCCUGCUCAGUCCCGGGCUGCUACUAAUCAGAGCUGGACUCUGGAUCCUCCGGUGGCGGCCUCUGCCCUGGGUAGCUGGAAGGCCUUCCUGAGCCUGCAGAACAAACAGCAAGGGACAGGUGAGCUGCAAGGAGGGCAGAAAGUGGAUACUGGCAUGUCUUUGCCCUUGGCACCUCAGGAAGUGCUCCGGGAGACUUGUAAGGCUCUGCCCUUUGUUCAGGUGCUCUCCAGGCCUGGGUGCACAGCUGGCCGAGUCCUCAAUCAUCUCUGUUUCGGCCACUGUCCUUCCUUCUACAUUCCCAGCUCGGGUCCCACCCCUGUAGUCCUCUGCAACAGCUGUGUGCCCGCUCGAAAGCGCUGGACGUCGGUAGUGCUGUGGUGUGCAGCUGGCCAGUCAUCCUCCCCUAGGAGGGUGAGGAUUUCCACCGUGCUGGUCCAGAAGUGUCAGUGUCGCCCGAAGCUGUGA